GUCAAUGCCGUCCGACGACGCCGUAGUGAUUCAGAAAGGGAACCGAACCGGAGAUCCGUACAUGAUAACGGUCAAUUGUCCAGAUAAGACCGGCCUUGGUUGCGAUAUCUGUCGAACCCUUCUCGAAUUCGGGCUCUACGUUAGAAAAGGAGAUUUUUCAACUGAUGGGAUAUGGUGCUAUGUAGUUUUAUGGGUUGCUCCUCAAUCUUACGCACCUAUUGUGAGGUGGGCUAAUUUGAAGGAACGCCUUCUUUCUAUCUGUCCAACAUGUUCCUCAUUACUUUACUUAUAUCCGACAUCUCCAUCCGCUCCUGCAUCCUCCAUAUACCUAUUGACAUUUUGUUGUCUUGAUCGGAGAGGAUUAUUGCACGAUGUUACCAGAUUUCUUUGUGAACUUGAGCUGUCCAUCGAAAGAGUCAAAGUGACAACAACACCGGAUGGCCGUGUGCUGGAUCUUUUCUUCAUAAAAGAUAACUUGGAGCUCUUAAACAUAAAAGGAAAACAAGAGGAAAUAUGUGAGAGGUUGUGUGGUGUUGUAGGGGAAUCAUGCAUUAGCUGUGAGCUCAAGUUAGCUGGUCAAGAGUUUGAAAAUUAUCAGUACAUCUCUGCCCUCUCCCCUUCAGAUGCAGAGAAGUUGUUUCAAUGUGAAUUAUCAGAAAAGGAAACUCGCUACUCACAAGCACGCACCCCAGAUGUGGUGAAAACUAGUGUGGUGGUAGAUAAUUCCUUGAGUCCUGGUCACACAUUGCUUCAGAUUAGUUGCAUUGAUCAUAAGGGAUUUCUCUAUGACAUCAUGCGAACACUGAAGGACUGUUAUAUUCAGAUAGCAUAUGGCCGUUCAUCUGAAGCCAAUAAGGGCCAGCGAGAACUAGACCUGUUUAUCCAACAGAAGGAUGGGAAGAAAAUUGUGGACGCUCAGAAACAAGCUGCUCUAUGUUCGCGCUUGAAGGUGGAAUUGCUUCACCCUUUACCUGUGAUUAUAUCAAACCGUGGACCAGAUACUGAACUUCUUGUAGCCAAUCCAGUGGAGCUGUCAGGAAGGGGGAGACCCCGUGUUUUCUAUGACGUCACUUAUUCCCUAAAGACCCUUGGGAUCUGCAUCUUCUCAGCAGAAAUCGGCAGGCAUUCAACAUUAGACCGCGAAUGGGAAGUUUACAAGUUCCUCUUGGAUGAAAAUUGUGAUUUUGACUUGUCAACCGUGGUGUGUAGAAAUACUAUUGUAGAUAGGGUUAGAAGAACAUUGAUGGGCUGGUGAGAUUUUAAUUCUGCUUGUUUAUCUUCUCCCAUGUACACUAUACGGCAACAACCUAUACCAGUUUGUAUGUGUUUUUAAGGGGGUGAAACCUGUUUUUAAGGGGGUGAAACCCAGCUCGGUUGUACAGUGUAUCGAAAUCUUUUCAUGUACUAUCUUGUAACGAGUGAUUUUUGCUGGUUUAGUUGUCUUAAGCAUAGAGUUUGCAAUAAUGCAUCGCCGAGAGGCUCAAAGGUUUCAAAG